UCUCGAUCCAAAUGCGCACGCCCUCGCUUGGUAGGGGGCCGCACACACUUUAAAACACAACGGAAGACAACAUCGAGGGGCCAGGAGCCAGCAGCCGCCCGCUCAUAAAUCCACCAAAUUAAUUAAUCAAAUCAAAAGCAUAAAUUAAAUAAAUAAUUUGCAGUAUAAUUCAUUAAAAAAAGAAAGAUCACUACUUUCAUUUAACUCGCCUUAAACGAAAUUCUAGUGACUUCCAAUUACAUAAAAUUCAACAGCUGACAACGGUUACAACUACCACGUCUGCCAAAAAACCACAAAACCGACAAAAAAAAAAGUUUAGCGGAAAUUUCUCUGCAUUUUUCACGCGCUAAUGAAAAACUGAAAAAGAGCGAAAUAUCUGUAUUAAAUCAUCAAUAAAAAUAGCAAGAUCGGACUCAACUAGCGGUACCAUGAGCACAGCUGUUUGAACGAAACAAAACAUAACUUCAGCCAAGGAAAAGGCAACACGCACCAAAUCACACAAUUAAAAGAAAAAAAUACAAGACAAAGUAAAACAAUAGCAAAAGCAAACGCCGCUCAUAAUUAAUAUGUACGAAAAAACAUUAACCAUAGGAACUGCUAAAGUUAAUAAUGCAUAUGAAUGGCAAAAAGUGAGUUACAAUAGCAAAAACAACCAGACCGUCGCAAAACUCAAACAACAACAACCACACGCGCCAAAAACAAUCAAGAUCAGUGCAAAAAAUGCAACAAAAGCUCCGCCAACAACAACUACGGCACCCACGUUACCGUUGCUCAAAUCUGUAGCCGUUAAACCGCAAAAACCAAAUCCAAAUCAAAGCCAACAAAUAAAAUUCGUUGGCAGCGCGGCCCGCCGACAAACGUUGGCCCAUCAAAUAAAGCGGGCGCAUCGGCAUUUAUUGACCAGCGGCGGCCAAGAUAAACCGCAAAAGACUGGCAAACAGAAACAACAGAAACAGCCGCGCAAGAAACAAUUGUUGGGAAGUGAUAAACAAAAACAGCACCAGAAGCGUGGCACGGCGUCCACCAAAUCCAGCCCGGCCCAUAGGAACACACGCCAAUCGAGGUGCCACAGUGACGGGGCACAAUCGGGCCUGUCGUCGCGUUGGUGUUCCAUCGAAGAGCAGCUGAACGUGCUGGACGAUCUGCUCUACUACUGCGAUGAGGAGGCGGAACAGUACUUAGCCCAGCUCUACGAAAAGUACCAGGAGCAACUCAGGCGCAAUAGCAUCGACAGCAGCUGCAGAACCAGAAGCUGUUCUCCCGGAAGCGACUUCUGGAGCGACACAGAUUCCGAGAAUAUGUCGCAGCACGACGACGACUCCAGUACCAGUGGCACUGGCAGCCACAGCACUGGCCACAGCUUGGUGCCUUCCUCCCUUAAGCGACGUGGCCACCAACACCAUCCACGAUUCUCGGGCACUCGCCGGCCCAAUGUUCCCAACGUCCAGGAAAUCCUAGCGGCUCUCUAUCGAGGCGACUCCAAGAGCGCCCUCUCCAAUCUGCGAGGUGAGACGCCGCCCGAGGAGCAGAAGGAGGUGGAUCAGAAGCCGCAAGAGGAUCAGAAGUCCAGCCGAAGCACCCUAAGCCUUCCACUAAGCGAGUCUGUUACCAAUUCCCUGGGCAGCAACAGUCCAACGCCCACUGACGAGAGCAGUGUGCAAGAUGAAAGUGCAAUUAACACGCCUACAGCUGCUGAGGGAGUUCCUCCACCAGCUCCGUCCACUUCAAAGAGCAAGAAAAAGAAGCGAGAGAAGGGAGAGAAAAGCGAAAAGUCGGAGAAGUCUGACCGCAAAAAGAAGUCCUCCUCCUCAUCGGGCAAAAGGGAGCGCAGCAAGCGAUCAUCCGCCAACCCCAUGGAGCUCAGCAGCGACAGCUUGGCCACGGAUCUGAGUGCCGGGGCCAUAGACGAAGGCAUCGCCUUGGCGGACGACGACGACAACCAGGUGGCCGAGUGGUCGAAACUGCGGUGUACCAGUGAGUCUGCAGAGGUUGUGGCCGAGAGGGAGGCCCGAAGGAACAAGGGCCGCUGUGCAGACUAUCCGGGACUGGCCUUCGGACGCUCCAUCUUCAGUUCGGACACCAUGAUGAAGUUCAACAUCAUCCGGAACGAACUGCACAACAUUAUGAACACACAGCUCAAGCGGGCCGAAUCUGAGGUUGCUGCUCUGAACCGUCGCAUCCAGUUGCUCGAAGAAGACUUGGAGCGCUCUGAGGAGCGUCUGGGCUCCGCCACAGCCAAGCUGUCGGAAGCCUCUCAGGCCGCUGAUGAGAGCGAACGGAUACGAAAAGCGCUUGAGAAUCGCACAAAUAUGGAAGAUGACAAAGUAGCUCUGUUGGAGAACCAAUUAGCACAAGCGAAAUUAAUUGCAGAAGAAGCUGAUAAGAAAUACGAAGAGGUUGCCAGAAAACUCGUGCUCAUGGAACAGGAUCUGGAGCGUUCCGAGGAGAAGGUCGAGCUCAGCGAAAGCAAAAUUGUGGAGCUUGAGGAGGAGCUGCGUGUGGUUGGCAACAACCUGAAGUCCCUGGAAGUCUCUGAGGAGAAGGCCACACAAAAAGAGGAAACCUUUGAGACGCAAAUCAAGGUCUUGGACCAUUCUCUGAAAGAGGCUGAGGCUCGCGCUGAGUUCGCUGAACGUUCCGUUCAGAAAUUGCAGAAGGAAGUCGACAGGCUCGAAGACGACCUUAUUGUUGAAAAAGAACGCUACUGCCUCAUCGGCGACAGCCUGGACGAGGCCUUCGUCGACCUGAUCGUGGGUCUGGAGCCCUUCUGGACGGUCCGCAACCCGAAGCCGCCCACGCCCAAGCUGCCCACACCCACGCCCGAGGAGCUGGCCGCCAUGGAGGCGGCCCGGGCGGAAGCGGAAGCUGCCGCCGCUGCCGAGGCGGAGGCUGCUGCGGCUGCCGCUGGCGAAGCCGGGGCCGAGGGCGAGGGCGCAGCACCCGGUGAGCCGGGAGCACCGGUCAAGGAGGCGACCCCGCCGCCAAAGGAGCCCACUCCUCCACCACCACCACCACCGCCAUUCGAAUACUCGAUCGAUCUGCCCCCAGAGGGCGCCGAGGUGCCGUACGUCAAGAACUACGAGCCACCACCACCCGGAUCCGAGCCAGAGCCCGCGCCAGCUGCUGAGGGCGAGGCUGCUCCACCAGCUGAAGGAGCUGCUCCGGCCGAAGGAGCACCUGCUGAGGGAGCUGCCCCAGCCGAAGGUGCUGCCCCCGCAGCCCCGGCCGAGGGAGCUGCUCCGGCUGCUGAAGGUGCCGCUCCACCAGCUGAGGGAGAAGCUGCUGCGCCCGCAGAGGCUGCCCCGGCUGCCGAGGGCGAGGCACCUGCUCCAGAGGCCGCGGAGGCUGCUCUCGCUGCCGAGGCAGCCCCUGCCGAAGCUGCCCCAGCUGCCGAGGGCGAGGCAACACCAGCUUAAGCUGACCAGAUGCUGCCCCCCUGGAGAGAAGGAACACAACUGCUACCGCUACCAAAUACUGCCCUGCUUUUAAGAAACUUUAAAUUAAGAGCACGUUUUUGGAAUCAUUUACCUUUUUUUUUAUAAACGAUAACUAAAUGGAAUUAAACAGUUUAGUUAAACGAAGCAUUGCAAAAACCAAA